AUGGUCGGCCCUCCGCCUCUGCACGGCGUCAAAGUCCUCGAGUUCGCCGGCCUCGCCCCGGGUCCCUUUGCAGGAAUGCUCCUCUCCGACGCGGGCGCCUCGGUCCUCCGCGUCGACCGCGCUCUCAAGGGCAGCCGCACACCCUUGCCGACCGAGGACAUGCUAGCCCGCCACAAGGCCAGCGUCGCCGUGGACCUGAAGUCGCCCACCGGCCUCGCCUUUGUGAAGCGUCUCGCGGAAAAGGCCGACGUGCUCAUCGACCCAUUCCGUCCUGGCGUGCUGGAGAAGUUGGGGCUGGGCCCCGAUGUCCUGGAGAAGGCGAACCGGGGCCUGGUUUACGGCCGCAUGACGGGGUUCCGGAGGGACGGGCGGUACAAGGACAUGGCGGGCCAUGACAUCAACUACCUCGCCGUGUCCGGGGCGUUGAGCCUGCUCGGCCGUGAGGGGGAGAAGCCGCACCCGCCAGUGAACAUCCUGGCUGACUUUGCGGGCGGAGGGGCGAUGCUGUUCCAGGGGAUCUUGAUGGCGCUGCUGGCGAGGGAGAGGAACGGGGGGAAAGGGCAGGUCGUCGAGGCGAACAUGGUGGACGGGUCGGCGUACCUCGCCACCUUCUCGCGGUUCGCGCUCAAGACCCCGCUGGGGGACAACGGGCGGGGGCGGAAUAUGCUCGACGGCGGGUGCCCUUACUACGACACCUACGAGACUAAGGACGGCAAGUACUUCGCCGUCGGGGCGCUGGAGCCGCAGUUUUUCGCGGCUUUCGUCAAGGGGCUCGGGUUGGCGGGGCAGGGGUGGGAACAGAAAAGGUUUGACCGGGAGAGGUGGGGAGAGCUAAGGGAGCUGUUUACCAAGAUCUUCAAGACUCGAACGAGGGGCGAGUGGGAGGGGGUGUUUGAUGGGACGGACGCGUGCUGUACACCUGUUUUGGAGUAUCACGAGCUCGAGACGGAGGCGGCGAGAGAAGGGGACCUGAGGCCGGCGGUGACCUUGGUGGAGACGCCGUGUCUGGCUGUGGCGGAGAGCGAGAAUGAAGAUCCGAGACGGGGGCAGGGGCCUGGUGUUGAGGGGGGAGGGUAUGUUGGCGUUCUGCUCACGCCUGGUGAUGGUGGUGAGAAGGCGCUUGAAGAAUGGCUGGGGUGGAAGAAGGGGAGAGAGUUCGAGGUCAAAGAGGGGACGUGGGUGCUCAAAGAGAAGUCCAGGCUAUGA